AUGGCUGCUCCAAUGUUGCAUAAUCUUGUUUCGUCUUUUUCUCGUGGAAUCAUCAGAAAAAUGACUUGUAAAGGAAUUCUUACCAAUAAUAGUAUGUUGCCAAGAUUCUUUGGAUUUCAUUCGUCGCGAUUUUUUAGUGAUGACGUAAAAGACACCGAAAAGGGUGUAGAUUCGCAAGUCCAUGAGAACAACAACCACCAGAAGAUCGAAGGUUCGACUGAUAAAGAUCCUUAUGCUCCGUUUCCAGACGAUAUCAACCCUGUUACUGGGGAAAAGGGAGGACCAAAAGGACCAGAACCAACCAGAUAUGGAGACUGGGAGAGAAAGGGACGUUGCAUAGACUUCUAA